AUGACUCACCAGAAGCAGUGUGACAAACUGCCUCGCCGAUACGAUAAAGAUCGCUGCAGGCGGCCGGGGAAACUGAGCAGCAGAAGUGCGGGCCUCGCGUUCUCCGGAGCCGCCGGUGCUCCUGCGGCUGCAUUCUUGUCGCACCGGAAGAGCGAGGCGGCGGCGGCGGCGGCGGCGGCGGCCCCCAAUCGAUUGCCGAUAGUCAGCGAGCAGCUGCCGGCCGGGCCCCCACGAGUGGACACGCGCGUUCACGGCGUGCGACUGUGGCGCCGGAGGGCGCUGCCGCAGAUCGGAUUACGGCCGCCGUUGCGCGCAACAGACACCGUUUAUCAGCGCCGCGCCUCGGCGUGGGAACGGCGCGUGGCCACCCAGCGGAACCGUGGCCCGGCCAGGGGGUGCUGGGCCACCCGCGGGCCGCCCGUCCCACCAGACCGUGGAGGUAAACACUGUACGCGGCACGCUGGAGGCGAGGUGCGGUGCGCGCGGCCAGCGCCGGCGGCCGCCCUCGCGUGUCUGAUGCGGGGGCAGGCCUCGCCGGAAGUGUCACCAUGGCAACGCCAACACAUCGAUUCGGAGGGAGCGGCGCAGCUCGGCUCGCUAGCUGGCGCGGUCUGCCCGCGGCCGCAGCCGCCGCCGUCACCCGCUCCCCCUGGCUGGCCCGUCGCGAGGCCCUCUGCUGUCGCUCUGUCACCUCCAGCACCUAGCCCGUGUUCUGCACCAGAUGUGCUCAGGACUAGGGCGCUCUCGCCUCUCGCCGCCGUUAUGAGAGAAGUGGCGCUGCGGCAAUAUUCGCGGCGCGGCGCCGCGCCGGAACCAGCAGCCAGAGAUUGCGUCACCUCUGUAAACAGCGGCCCGAUAUGCCGCCGACAACAGGCGCCUCGCCUCGCUCGGCCUCGCCUCACGGCCCGGAAUGAGCAGAAAUUUCCAGCUCUGUGCCACUGCUCCGUCUCCUCCGGCAGCUCUGCAAUAUGA